AGCUGUCACCGUGGACCGCGGCGGCGGUGGCGGCUGCGGCUGCGGCGGCACAGUGCCGGUAGCGGAGCCGCCAAGGAGGGUCACGCAGCACAAUGCCAGCUCUGCCCCUGGACCAACUCCAGAUCACCCACAAGGACCUGAAGACAGGAAAGCUGAGGACUUCACCAGCGCUGCACCCCGAGCAGAAGGCAGACCGGUAUUUUGUGUUAUACAAACCGCCCCCUAAAGACAACAUUCCCGCCCUAGUGGAGGAGUACCUGGAACGCGCCACCUUCGUAGCCAAUGACCUCGACUGGCUCCUGGCCUUGCCUCACGAUAAAUUCUGGUGCCAGGUUAUCUUCGAUGAGACGCUGCAGAAGUGCCUGGACUCCUACCUGCGCUAUGUUCCCAGAAAGUUCGACGAGUGGGUGGCCCCAGCCCCCGAGGUUGUUGACAUGCAGAAGCGCCUCCAUCGAAGCGUUUUUCUCACCUUUCUCCGCAUGUCCACUCACAAGGAAUCCAAAGAUCACUUCAUUUCCCCCUCUGCAUUUGGAGAAAUCCUCUACAAUAACUUCCUGUUUGACAUCCCAAAGAUUCUGGACCUCUGCGUGCUCUUUGGAAAAGGCAACUCGUCACUGCUCAAGAAGAUGAUAGGAAACAUCUUUAUCCAGCAGCCAAGUUACUAUAAUGACCUGGAUGAAACCAUGCCCACCAUCCUUCAGGUCUUCAGUAAUAUCCUCCAGCACAGUGGUUUGCAAGGGGAUGGGACCAGCUCCACGCCCCAGAAGCUUGAAGAAAGGAGCCGGUUGACCCCCAGUGACAUGCCUCUGCUGAAAUUAAAGGACAUUGUUCUUUACCUUUGUGAUACCUGCACUACACUCUGGGCCUUUCUGGAUAUCUUCCCUUUGGCUUGCCAAACCUUCCAGAAACAUGACUUCUGUUACAGACUUGCUUCCUUUUACGAAAUAGCAAUUCCUGAGUUGGAGUCUGCAAUUAAGAAGAGGAGGCAUGAGGACAGCAAGCUGCUAGGUGACCUGUGGCAGAGGCUGUCUCAUUCCAGGAGGAAGCUACUGGAGAUUUUUCAUAUCCUUACGUACCAGAUCUGCCUUCUCCCCAUCCUAGAAAGCAGCUGUGACAACAUUCAGGGCUUCAUUGAAGAGUUCCUUCAGAUCUUCAGCUCUUUGCUGCAGGAGAAGAGGUUCCUCCGGGACUACGAUGCGCUCUUCCCUGUGGCCGAUGAUGUCAGCUUGCUGCAGCAGGCCUCGUCAGUCUUAGAUGAGACGCGGGCUGCCUACAUCCUUCAGGCAGUCGAGAGUGCAUGGGAAGGGGUGGACCGACAGAAACCCACAGAUGCUAAAGACCCACCAGUGGCCGAGGAUCUUAACGGGGUUGUGGCGACAGCAGAGCCAGUCAAUGGACCAUCAUCACAUGCAGAGAACUCGGAAGAAGAGGAGUGUCUGGGGGCAGCUGCUGCCCUGGGCCCCACUGUUUCUGGUGUGGAGCUGGACUCACUCAUCUCCCAAGUGAAGGACCUGCUCCCGGAACUUGGUGAGGGCUUCAUCCUGGCCUGCCUGGAGCACUAUGGUUAUGACCCGGAGCAGGUGAUCAACAACAUCCUGGAGGAGCGGCUGACCCCUGCCCUCAGCCAGCUGGACCGCAGCCUAGACAGACAGGUGAAUCCAGACCCGACACCUCUGCUGACAUCUCGUCACAACAUCUUCCAGAACGAUGAGUUUGACGUGUUCAGCAGGGACUCAGUGGAUCUGAGCCGGGUACACAAGGGCAGGAGGAAGAGGGAGAACACAAGGAGCCUGCUGAAUGACAAGCGGGAGGUGGUGGCUCAGAGGCAGCGCUAUGAGCAGUACAGCAUGGUGGUGGAGGAGGUGCCGGUGCAGCCAGGUGAGGGCCUGUCCUACCGUGGUGAUGACUAUGAGGACGAGUAUGAUGACACAUAUGAUGGCAACCAGGUGGGCGCCAAUGACGCUGACUCAGAUGAUGAGCUCAUCAGCCGCAGGCCCUUCACCAUCCCUCAAGUGCUAAGAACCAAAGUGCCCGGAGAAGGGCAGGAGGAGGAGGAGGAGGAGGAGGAGGAAGCAGAAGACGAGGCCCCCAAGCCUGACCACUUUGUGCAGGACCCUGCGGUGCUGCGGGAGAAAGCAGAAGCCAGGCGCAUGGCCUUUCUCGCCAGGAAGGGGUACCGGCACGAUAGCUCAGCGGCAGUGGCCGGCAGCCCCCGGGGCCACGGGCAGAACCGUGAGACAACCCAGGAACGCAGGAAGAAGGAAGCUAACAAGUCUACACGAGCCAAUCACAACCGGAGAACCAUGGCCGACCGCAAAAGAAAUAAAGGCAUGAUUCCAUCCUGAAGCCACCACGCCAGGGCCAGCUAGGAGGCAGCGGUGCCAAACCCACUAACCUGAGUUUCUGUAGCCCGGAACCUCCUCACCAAGGCCCCAAGUUCAACUUGACCCCUCAGCAGCCUCAGCUUUGCAGCCUCUGAAAAGGCCGCCUUGUCAUCCACCAGCCGUGAGCACCUUGCAGAACACACAGUGCCUUAUCCCACAGCAGAGGAACCUGUGGGGCCAGCAAGCAGGCGAAAGGGAUGGGGACAGAGCCCCAGGGCAAGCCCCCCAAACCUCGUGCAACCAGACACCACUUCCUUUUUCCCUGGACAGCAGGAAACCUGUAUAUUCAAAAACAAAAACAAAAAAAGGCCUGUGAAUAAAGUGUUUGACCCUUUUAAGCAAUCA